AUGAACUCAUAUAACAAUGGAGGUGGAGGCAAUGGUGGUGGAUACGGAGGUGGAUACAGCGGUGCAAGCACCAAACCAAGUAUAAAUACACCUUACCUCUCAGAAGAUGCAAAGAAGAAGCUGUUGUUUGGUGAUGACAAUGGAGAGAGAGCAGGUGGUGCAAGAAGAUGGGGAGGAGCAAAGGAAUCAGAGUACACAAGUCAAUUGAACAAUCAACAACUGAUGGAUAAACAGAAUGAUGUUAUGCAAGGUUGGUAUUGA